AUGACAGAAAUACAUAAAAUAUCAUAUGAAAAUUUAACAAGUUGGGACAAGAUCACACCAUUUAGUAAUAGUGAAAAUGAUGAAGAUGAUAUCAUAAGUAAUAAUAGUAGUAGUAAUAAUAGUAGUGAUGAAGCAGCUAUUAUUGAAAAGUUGACAAUCGGAGAACAAUUUGGUAACAAUCAAUAUUUGAUCAAUGGAAAGGAUACGAGUGGUUUGUAUAACACCGAUUCAAUUGGAAAGAUGGACAAGGUUGUACACGAGACGGCGCCAUUUCCCAUCGACCACAUGAUCAAUGAAAAGAUUAUAUUUUGGAUUGGAGAUGUCUGGCGACUCGAUACCGAUGCUAUCAUCUAUCCAAACAAUACACAUUUAUCGGAUCGUGAUGGUAUCUGUGGUCCCAUCUUUUACUAUGGUGGUCGAGAGAUUAUCAAUGAUAUCAAAUUGCAGAAUGGGUCAGAGUGUCGUAUUGGGGAGUCGAUCGUGACUGGUGCUGGAAAGCUACCUGCUCGUUUUGUCAUCCAUUCCAAUUGUCCAACCUUUAAUCCCAAGUAUUUGACGGCUGCAGAGAAUGCACUAAACUCUUGCUACCGCUCGUCUUUGGAAAUUGCCACUGAACACAAUCUCAAGACGCUUGGCUUGGCAUGCAUACACAAUGACACCAAACAUUUCCCACCUGUUCUUGGUGCACACAUUGCUCUGCGUACCAUCCGUCGUUACCUCGAACGAUAUGGUCAGAAAAUCGACAAGAUUGUUUUGUCGCUUGUAAAUAUCAUAGACAUUGAGAUCUACAAAAAGAUCCUACCAAUGUACUUUCCUCGUACCACUGACGAACUAGAAUUCCAACAAAGAAAUCUUCCCAAAGAACAUGGUGACAAGAAUGGAGAAUUGGUUUCAGAAGAUAGAAAAAUUAGAAUCAAAUCACUUUUUAGAAAUUUCGAUGAUGAUUACAUUGAACAAGAAGAUGAAAUUAAUGAUUUUAAUCCAUUUUCAAAUAAUAACAAUAAUAAUAAUAAUUAUGGUAGUAGUGAUGAAAGUAGUGAUGAUAGUUUUAUUUCAAAAAAAGAUGAUCCAGAUGUUUUAAAAAAGAAAAAAAAAGUUAUAGUAGAAGAAAUUGAUAAUCCAAUUCAAUCAAGAUUUAAAUAUUAUUUAAAUUUAUCAAAAUCUGAUGAUUUUUCAACUUUGGAAAAUUCAAACUUUAUGUUUAAAACAAUGGAUUCAACAACAGGUAGACCCAUUAUAGUUAUUAUUGGAUCAAAUUUGGAAAAGAAAGAUAUUCAUCUAGAUCUCAUACACGCCUACUUUAUCAAAACACUAGAAACUUUAUACAAUGCAAGCACCGCUUCUUAUCAACCAUUUUCAAUUAUUUAUUUCCAUUCUGGAACUUCAAAAAGACCAUUACCUGAAAUCAUUUGGUUCAAAACUGUUUUGGAAAUUUUUGAAUAUAGAUAUUCAAAAUAUUUAACAACAUUUAAUGUUGUUCAUCCAUCAUUCUUUUUAAAGGCCUCCUUUUUAGUUUUAAAGGCAUUUUCUAUUGAUGUGAUGGAUAAAUUAGUCUAUCAUGAUAAUCUAAACAACCUAAAAUCAACAGUUUCUAAAUUAAAUCUUCCAAAAGCAAUCUUUGCAUCUGAAAUCAAACGUAAUGAUAUAUCAGAUUAUGCUUUUGUUCAAGAAGAUGAUAAUUGGAUUGUUGUAAAUUAA